ACUAACUGGCAGCAGGUUUGUGGUGGUUUGAGAUCAACACAGUAAAUACUGCUGAUAAUAAAUAAGUUACCUAAAUCAUGGAGGAACGAGAGAAUUAUGUGGCGGUCAUAUUUCAGACUAAAGCAAAUUCAGCAUACGAGAAGCCAGAAAGCACAGAAGUAAUCUAUGAGCAGGUGAAGACUGAGGACAAGACAUGGGAAGCACAUCCUGUCAUAACAGCGAAAGCUCCACCUCGUACUCGACUUUCUUUGGUUGUCGCAGCUUUGGUUGGUGUUUGUCUCAUCUUGGUGUCGGUCAUCAUCGCCCUCAGCUUAAACGCAGCCGUGAGCGAGCACGGAAGAGAAACGGUCAAUGUCACGACGCAGAACCUGCAGCUCAUGACCGAGAGAGCGGCCUCAGAGAGGAGGACGGAGGAGCUGACCAGAGAGAGAGACCGACUCCGCUGGACGGUCGGAGUCAUCCUGGAAUAUGAGAACUUCCCAGUGAACAAAUUCUGCCCACAGAAAGUGUGCAGGCCUUGCCUGGACGCCUGGGUGCUGUUUCAGUCCAGCUGUUACCUGUUUUUCCAAGGUCAAUACGGGAAGUCCUGGAGGGGCUGGAACGACAGUCGUGAGGAGUGCAAACGUCAUCAGGCAGAUCUGGUAGUGAUUGGAAGUCUGGAAGAACAGGAAUUUAUCAAUAACCACACCGAGACAUAUAAUGAUGAUAAACACGGAUACUGGAUUGGCUUCAGCAAGAGGAGCCCGAAGGACGCAUGGACGUGGGUGGAUGGGAGUAACACCACUGUGACGUACUGGACAACACACGGGGCUGGCUAUGGAACAUCAUGUGCUUUAAGUGUACCAACGGUGCCCCCUCUGGCCAGCUGGAGCAAAGUGAGCUGUACCAUGAAUAACCGCUGGAUCUGUGAGAGAAGAGCAUUAAUCAAAGCAGAUUAGGAGCCAGAACAAUGAAGUUAUUUAAUGACAGUAACUAUUUGUUGUUUUCUGUCUUUGCAAUAAGGACAGGGGGCAUCUUUCUGUGUCAAAUAAAUAAUCCAGUGUUUUUCAACCAGUGUACCGUGGCACACUAGUGUGCCGUGGGAAAUUAUCCAGUUUCACCUAAUAUGCCACGAGUGUCUGUGCUGUAGUAGUGACUAGGGAUGGCACGAU